AUGUACACUAAUGAAAAUACCUUUAGCGACAAUACUGAUGAAGAAUUGUUUGACUUUAAUUUUGGUUUUCCGUUAACUCAUGAUGAUGAACAAGUAUUGUCAACAACCACUGAAUAUUUAGGUAGCUUCCAACAACAAAAAGAACAUUUACAAGAAGAUUUUUCAACAACUUCAGUUGAUUCUGUCUUUGUUGAUGAUCAAGAUUUGGUUGAUGGUUUUGCUGCUUUGGAGCAACAAGAAGCUCAACUUAUGAGCAAUUUGCAUGCUUUUGUCUCCAUGUAUUCUACAGUAGAGAUGGAUAUUCUUGUUGAUCAAUAUACAUUAGCUUCACCAACAACAAGAACUUUCCUCAGUCUUGAUCAAAACACUUCUUAUGAAAGUGUUGUCGAUCAAGUUGUUGUUGGCAAGAAGUCUUCCAAAGACAUCUCCAAAGGAAAGUUUGAACACUCUUCGUUUGUGGAAAAGAGAACCAAGAAGGCAAAGAAAUCAGAAGAGCAAUCGAUCAAGAAACGUGCAAAGAAGUCUUCUCCUGAUUUAUGGGAACACACAAAAUUCUCUGAGAGUGCACCUUACUUUGAGAUUGUUACUGAUGUGAAGGAGAUGGAGCUGAUUCUUGAAGUAGCUCAAACAAAACGAAGACAAAAUGGUCCACUAAAUUCAGAUAAGAAUGAUAUUGUCCAUUACUGUGAUUUGUCUUACAAGAUUGAACAAUUGGAUAUCAACAAGGUAAAUUAUGUUUCCCUUAAAGGUUUACUUGAUAAGAAGACCAUCUACAAUGGUGAAAAGUCAUCCAAAAGUUAUACAUGGAUUAGAUUGAAGGUUCCUGUACAAAUUAUACUACCAACCAGUGAGGAAGAACAAGAAAAAGAAUUGCCAGUUAACGAACCAAUCCAAGUAAUACAGUUGGAACGUGAUGAGCCAACUCCUACAACCUUUUCAGAAUUUGUCUCCUUCUCCUAUGAAAGAGUUGGACUGCCCCAAGAUUAUACACGAGUAAGCAUUAUCAAGGAUGAGAUUGGUUCUGAACCUGCCCUUGUUAAAACUGAAAAAAUUUCCAAGAGCAAACACUCCAAAGUUCUCAUUCUUCUCAGCAGUGACAGCAACAAGGCAAUUAAUUAUUCAAUCAAGGUACUAGAGUCGCCAGUCAAACACACACAAACAGGAAUAGUUUCUUCUACUGUGGAAUAUGAACUGGAGAAUAUUGAAAUGGAAAUGAUUACUCUAGAGUUUGAAUUUACUCAUUCUCUCACCAACAGAUGGCUUUCUUAUUUCACAACUCCAGAACAGAUUCCAUUCACUAUUGAAAUUUAUGUUCAAUCGAGAAUUCCAGAACAUACCUCAACUCUUUCUAUUGAAUCAAUCAAUUAA